AUGGGUCGAGAAAUCCCAGACGAAGAAGAAUUCCCCCGCAAACGCGUGAAAAUCUCAAACGAUGCGGAUUCCAAUUCUCCAAUUGCCCCUGUUUCUGCAUUGCAGUCUCCCGCCGCAUUGGACAGUAAGGAUGUCCAGGCGCUGAAAGAGGCGGAGGUCGGCAUCACCGAUUUUGUCAGCCCGCAUCUCCCUGGUUUUUCGGGCAUAUUGAAGAAAAGGUAUACUGACUUCCUGGUCAAUGAAAUUCUCCCAUCAGGCAAGGUUCUGCACUUAGAAAAUCUCGAUCUGCCCCAGUCUUUCAAAACUGCCACUGCUAGUUCAGAGCCUCCAAAACCCACCACCGCUGCAUCUGAAAACACUCAGAACAAAGAAGCUGCUAGAGGAACAGAGGAUGGCAAGAAAGAGACUGUGGGAACAGGCGCUCCAGAGGCAACUGCUCCGGAGAAACCCACAUUUGAGCUAUCGGAUGAGGACAGGAAACUCCUUGAAGAAUAUUUCGGCACCGAAACCGCUCAGCAAAUCAUUCUCUUACACAGUCGCGCUCUCUCCCAACCCACGGCCAAAGCAAGUGAUAUUGGCCGUGUAAAGUCGGAUGUAAUUACAGACAAGGACCUCCGUACAAAAAUACACCAAGCUAUCCGUCGCAUAUUCGCCUCUCGCCUAGAAUCGACUACGGACAACGAUGGCGCCAUGGUAAUAACUGCGAUUCCCGUAUCGCGCAAGGGUGUCCAGUCGCGUGGCGGUAGGGGUGGAAGGGAUCCCCUCCGGGGGAAAUUGGGUUGGAGCGAGUUAGGCGGGGAGCACUUGCAUUUCACUAUCUACAAGGAGAACAAGGAUACCAUGGAAGUCGUGACGUUUCUAGCUCGUCAGAUGAAAAUGAAUGCAAAGCAGUUCGGAUUUGCUGGGACCAAGGAUAGACGUGGGGUAACCGUCCAGCGUGCCAGUGCCUAUCGCAUAUAUGCGGACCGAUUGCUGAACGUUGGCAAAUCGCUGCGGAACGCAGCCGUUGGUGACUUCGAGUACCGCACAAAUCGCCUUGAACUUGGCGACUUGAACGGGAACGAAUUUAUAAUCACUCUUCGCGACUGUCAAUUUCCCUUUGACCUGAAAGAAGAGGGGUUGCCCAAUGCAGUUUCAAAGGCUACUAAGAUUGUAUCCCAGUCUCUUCGAGACCUUCGGGAACGGGGUUACUUCAACUACUACGGCCUGCAGCGUUUUGGGACUUUCUCCACCCGGACUGAUACUGUGGGACUGAAGAUGCUGCAGGGUGACUUCAAGGGUGCCUGCGAGUGCAUAUUACAUUUUAAUCCACAGGCCCUCGCAGCGUCACAGUCCCAGACACAAGCCAAUGCACAGGGGUCGAAAACGCUCAUCAGCGCCGACGACAUCGCGCGCGCAGAGGGGAUUCACAUCUUUCAGACAACCGGGAAAUCCAACCCAGCACUUGAUAAGCUCCCUCGCAAAUUUUCCGCCGAGUCUAAUAUCAUCAGACACCUGGGCCGUAAUAAAAAUGACUAUUUUGGUGCGCUGGGAACCAUCCCGCGCGGCCUCCGUCUUAUGUACGUUCACGCAUACCAAUCACUUGUGUGGAAUUUUGCGGCGAGCCAUCGCUGGCGGUUGUACGGCGAUAAGGUAGUCGCCGGCGACCUCGUGCUCAUCAACGACUUCAAAGAAAAAGACGGGGUGGGUGCAGCUGCUGUAGUUGAAGAAUUUGAUGCAGAUGGUGACGUGGUCGUGCUACCUGACGCGGGCGAUGGUGCCAACGCGGCCGACGAGAUGUUCGAGCGUGCGCGGGCCUUGACUGCGGAAGAGGCUGCUAGUGGGAGAUAUACCAUUUUCGACAUCGUCUUGCCGCUGCCGGGCUUUGACAUCUUGUAUCCGGACAACGAGAUGACAACCUUCUACAAGCAGUUCAUGGGUAGUGAGCGGGGCGGUAAGCUAGACCCCUUCGAUAUGCGAAGGAGCUGGAAGGAUAUCAGUUUGAGCGGUGGGUAUCGGAAGCUGCUUAGCAAACCUGGUGAGGCGUAUUCGUUCGAGGUGAAGGCGUAUACGAAGGAUGAUGAGCAGUUUGUACAGACGGAUCUUGAUCGGCUUAAGGAGUCUUGGAAUGGCCACGAAGAGAUUGCAGGACCAGCAGACAAAGAGGCUGCUGAUAAAUUGGCAGUGAUUAUAAAAUUACAGUUGGGAUCUAGCCAGUAUGCGACCAUGGCUCUACGCGAGUUGAUGAAAGAUGGCGGCGUCAAGACCUACAAGCCCGAUUUCGGAGGAAGAUAA